UCAGUGUAUAACGACAUCGUAUGGUGUACCUUUGGUAAGUAUGGUUUUGUAGAGAGGAGGAAAGGAAAAAAGAAUCUCAGUAAACGAUUGAUUGAUUGGUUGGUGAGCUAUUCUUUAGGAUACGAAAAUAAUCGAUGGCGACUUUGAAGCUUCAAGCUCUCUGGAAUCACCCUACCGGUCCUAAAACCAUUCAUUUUUGGGCGCCAACGUUCAAGUGGGGAAUCAGCAUAGCCAACAUUGCAGACUUUGCCAAACCUACUGACAAAAUCUCUUACCCGCAACAGCUUGCUGUUACAUGCACUGGAGUUAUCUGGUCUCGCUACAGCAUGGUUAUCACUCCUAAAAACUGGAACCUCUUUAGCGUUAAUGUUGCUAUGGCCGGGACUGGCAUUUACCAGCUUUCUCGUAAAAUCAAAAACGAUUUUGCAUCUUAACCCGAGCUUGUUGUUGCCAAAGAAUGAUUAUGACGACGAAGAAGAUGAAGACAUCAAAACGAAGCUGGAUACCAUCUUGCUUGUGUUUGAAUAUCAAGUCCCAAUAUCUCUUAAUUCCCAGAUCUAUCUGGGUCGGAUUACCAAUCAUUUUUCAAUGUUUUAAAGUAAUUCUUGUAUCUUAGAAGAAGCUCCAUUCAUAAUGCUACUUUUAAAGCACUUCAUCAUAUCUUCUCCAAAGUGAAAUAAAAAUGUGUUAUCAGACCA